AUGUUCGCGCUCGCUCGGCCAUUGCUCGCACGUACCGGCCUCCGCGCGUUCUCGAGCACGCCCGUGGCGCAGCUUCUCAAGAGCCACUCCGGCGCGAAGAAGCGGUUCCGCCUGACCGGUGGGGGAGUUUACAAGCGCGCCCAGGCCGGCAAGCAGCACCUCAACACCGGGUUCUCCGGGACGCGGAUCGCUCGUCUCGGCAAGACGGCGUACACGACGCCAACGCAGACCAAGACGAUCCGCCGCCUCCUCGCCGGACGCAAGUAG